GGAGAGAUUGGAAAUCUAAUACUUUAAAAAAAGUUGCUAAACAUAAGACUUAUAUGAUGGGCACUGGUGGUGGUUCACCGAAACAUCUACAGUUAACUGGUAUAGAAAAAGCUUUAAUAGAUUUUUUGACACCAGAUGCUAGUGGAUUAACAGGAAUACCAGAAGGUGGAAUUGAAGAUAUAAUGUCAAGUUCUAGUUAUAAUGAACCCUCUGCAUUGUUAUAUAACACAGAAUUAGAAGAAACACAAGAAAUGUCUUUAAAUGAAAUAUCAGAAAUGGAUUUAUAUCAAAUGCAAUCUUGUACUCUACAGAAGAAACAUGCACAACUUGAAAAUAAUGAGAAAAUUUGGGAUUCAAUAGAUUCACCACAGUCUUGUACAAAACAGAAAAGACAACCAGUUGUGGCUAAAAAUAUCCAAUCAAAUAUAGGAAGAGAGAGAUAUUUUGAUUUAUCAAUAAGGAACAUACAGGAUAUACAAAUUGAAAAUAAAGAAAAUAUAUCGGAACAUCAUGAGACAAGAGCUUUUUCGAAGCAACUCAUAACUGCAAAAUAUUCAGAAGAUGUAAAAAAGCCACGACUCAUGGCAACUGCAAUUGAUUUGCUAGAAAAAAAAUCUUCUACAUCUGAAAACAUUAAACAAAAAAUGUUGGAGUUAAAACAAGAAAAAUUGAAAUUAANAAAGGAAGAAUUAACUAUUAAUAAAGAAAUACUGCAACAGCUGCAAAAUAUGAAUAAUCAAAUAUCAUGUUUGAGAGAAGAAUUAAUUGGACAAUACUUACAAGAAAAGUUUUAAAAUAUUAAAGAUGCAUUAUCUAUGCUGUGAUGAAUACGUAUAUUAUUAUUCUUAUUCAAUUUAUUUUGUUGAAGACUAUAUUAUUUAAGUAUUACGUAAUUUAAAACUUGAGGUUUUUAUAAGUCUAUAAUACGAGGUCUUCGUCUUUCAGUAAGCAAGUCUUAUUNUAAGUUUAUAAUUCGUAAAAAACAUUGAAGGCAUAAGCAGACACAAAAUAUCUUACAUAUUAAUUAAGUUUAUUUUUUCUUUUGGACACCAAGUCUGUUUUACAAAUAAUGAGAUUAGUUACAAACGAACUUAUUGCAUACUAAAUAUGUGAUAUAUUGCUGCAAUCAUAUCAUAAAUAUAUAUUUUAUUUCAAUUAAGAUAAUGUUAGAUAACUAUGUUAGAUGACUAUAAUUGUCAAGAGUUACUUUUUUACUUGUCAUAAGUAAAGUAAAUGUACUAUAUAAAUGUAUUUGCCAGUAUUUCUAAAAGUUAGGGUAUUUCUUUA